CAGACACUGCAUCAGAGACGAGAAGACACAAAACACAACUAGCUGGCAGGAGCAGACCCAGUAAAUACACAGCAGCAGCAGCACUUUAGGCUACUAGUAACACUGUCAGGAUUUUCUGUGCUAGAGCAGCACACACACACACACGCACACACACAGAGGCUCUGUUUAUGAGCUGGUAUCAGGAGAACAGUGUCAUGUGAAAAAGGCUACCUCGGAGCAGUGGUUAAUGAGUGCAGUUGAGAAGGAUGAGUCUUGACCCUGUGCAGGUCAUGAAGGGCCAGGACCCCAUUCCGUCCUUUAGCCCUUUGUCAGGCUCGAACGGGGACAGCAAAGCUUCCUGGGAUGACAACGAGGGCUUAUGUGAUAGUGUGGGUUCUACUAAAAAAGCAAAAACUGGCCCAGUGAGACGAGCCAGGAAGGUGGAGGGAGGCAUUUUCUUUCCAAAGCCAGAGAAUGCAGUAACGAUAGCCGUAUCCUCUCGGGUGCUGUUCCGCACAGAAAAGGAGCAGAAGGUGUUUGAAGAGAAAGGUGUGGAGGAGUACCUCAAGUACCAGGUGGAACAUGAGAACGAGCCUUUAGCCCCUGGACCAGCAUUUCCAUUUGUUAAGGCGCUGGAGGCGGUUAAUGCACAAUUGCGAGUGUUGUACCCUGACAGCGAGGAGCUUUUUGACAUUGUGCUGGUGACCUACAAUCAUGCGCAUGUAGGAUUAAGACUAAUUAACACCAUCAACCACCACAAUCUCUUCAUUGAGCGGUUCUGCAUGACAGGAGGCAGUAGUCCAAUUGGCUACUUGAAAGCCUGGCAUACAAACCUGUACCUGUCAGCUGACCCAAAAAAGGUGCAGGAGGCACUGGCUGAAGGCAUUGCCGCGGCCACCAUGUUUAUGCCGGAGAAGCAGAUGGACGUGUCGGAGACACAGCUAAGAGUGGCAUUCGAUGGUGAUGCUGUUCUCUUCUCAGAUGAGUCCGAACGAAUAUUUAAAGCCCAUGGCCUGGACAAGUUCUUUGAGCAUGAGAGAGAAAAUGAGAACACUCUACUAGAUCAUGGUCCUCUGAAAGGUUUCCUCGAAGUCCUCGGAAAGCUCCAGAAGAAGUUCUACGCUAAAGGCCACAGGUUGGACUGCCCCAUUCGCACCUAUCUGGUGACUGCUCGCAGCGCAGCCAGUUCAGGCAUCCGUGCUUUAAAGACACUUCGUGCUUGGGGAUUGGAAACAGACGAGGCUCUGUUUUUAGCUGGAGCUCCCAAAGGGCCAAUGCUGGAGAAAAUAAGACCCCACAUCUACUUUGAUGAUCAGAUGUUUCAUAUUGAAGGUGCUGCUGAGAUGGGCACGAUUGCUGCACAUGUACCAUAUGGGAUAGCACAAAAAUACCCCCACAAGAAGAGCACCAAUUCUGAUAAGUAAAAAAUGGGAAAGGACAUUGUACUUUCCAAAUGGACAUGCCGCAGUGACUCAGACCCAGAAGCAAGAUGUUUUUUUUAUUUUAUUUUUUUAAAACAUUGACAUAAAAUACUGAUUAUAUAUGGCUGACUUCUGUGAUACAUAAUAAGGAUUAGUUUUUGCAUUUGUCAAUGUGGCAUCUUUGUUUUAUUCAUUAAUUUGUAAAUAACAAAUGGGUGAAUAUUUGUUUACUUAAAUGGAAAAUCUUUAUGAUCAAAUUUGGUGCCCUUUUAUUUUUUGGAUAUUGUUAUAAUUGUAGCUGUGACUUACUAUAUGCUAUCAUAAAUUUUCUAUUAUAUUAAUUGAUAGUAAAUAGUCAAUACUUUAGGCAGACUACAUGCUAUACAAGGGGUGUUCAGGUCCAACCAGAACUUGUGAUGAAUUUUUUUCAAAAUAAAGGUGUACAACAUAGACAUAAGACUUCAGCCACGGUACGAUGAUGAGAUUGUUACUCGCAGUAAAAUAUUUGAAUUAUAUAAACGCUGUAUAAACGUCCGCAACUGAUAAUCUCAGAAGCCAACUUGGCUUGAAGCCACUCAGAGUGGAGUCCUUGAAGCUUCAAGGCAUUUCCUCAUUGUUAGGCUAUUAAAGGGGUUCAUGGGAGGCCUGCAGAAAAAGAAAACUUUUAUGGGUAUCCAAGUGCUUGUGAAAUGCUGGGAUAAGUGCAUUAGUGUAGCAGGCAUUUUAAUAGAAAAAUAAAGAGAAAUAAAGGUAGUUUUUACUCUAAUAAUUAUUCUAUUAUUCUGCACAAUCAAAAGGUCUGGUUUGACUUGUACACCCUUUGUAUAUUGUAUAGUAUAUAUUAUAUUGAUUUUAUACCACAUAUUUUCCAUAACAUAAAUUCUGGCAGCAGUUUUGACUACAAGAUGAAUAGGGUUUGUUUUAAUGCUCUUAUGUAAUACUGUUUUAAUAGAAACAACUUAUAGAGUCUGAUAUGGCAGACGCUUCACGUACACAUAUUUAACAUUUAUGGAAGGAGCACUGAGUGUCAGACACUGUCAUCCACUGGGAAGUCAUCAAAAUGGAGGGCAUCUCAGUUUCUUGGUGCAUUCUUUGUCUUACUACCUACAAAAAAAAGACAGGCUGAUGAGGGAAUGAUUGUUUAUUGCUGCUAUAAUGUUAGAGAAAACAGGAAUUAGCAUUCUUCCUUGAAUGUUCCACAAUACUAAAUGCAAAUAUGAAUGGGUAAAACAUACAAUGCACCCUUUUUAACAAAUAAAAAACUUAAGCAUUGGCAAAUUGCUGUGUCAUGCUGCAUCUCAA